AUGAAAUGCAAGAACACUCUGGCCAUUCUGGACAAGCUGGACAUCGAUAGCGAGAAGCCGUCUGAAGAGGAGAUCGCAAGGCUCUUCGGCUACGAGGAGGCUUACCUAUCCGGCGAGCUUGGCAUUUGGCAAAGAGUCAAGCCAAAGAUAUGGGCGCUGUUCGACGAGCCAUCUAGCUCCCCGGCCGCGAAGGUAAUAUCGGCAAUAUCGGUGUUCUUCAUAUGCAUAUCGGUCCUCUGCUUCUGCCUGAAGACUCAUCCAGACCUCAGGGUCUCGGAGCCCAGGCUUUACGAGGAGGAAGAAUUCGCGAACGGCACAGUUCUGCAAGAGACCAGGCCCGCGUGGCUCGAUAACGGGCAACCGCAUGUUGCCUUCUUCUACAUCGAGCUGAUAUGCAACGUGUGGUUUACCAUCGAACUGAUGGUGCGCUCUGUGGUAGCACCGAACAUAAUAGAGUUCAUCAAAUCACCAGUCAACAUAAUAGACUUUAUAGCAACGCUAAGCUUUUACAUGGACGUGGUUGUUGAGUUAACUGUGGUGAAGAGGAACAUUGACAAAGCAGAUAUUUUGGAGUUCAUUUCGAUCAUCAAGAUCCUUAGGCUGUUUAAGCUAACUCGGCACAGUCCCGGCCUGAAGAUAUUGGUACACACCUUCAAAGCCUCCGCCAAGGAGUUGACACUGUUGGUUUUUUUUCUUGUGCUAGGUAUUGUGAUCUUCGCGAGUUUAGUGUAUUACGCGGAAAAAUCACAGGAUAACCCGGAGAAUCAGUUUAAGUCCAUCCCGCUGGGGCUGUGGUGGGCAAUCGUCACGAUGACCACCGUGGGCUACGGCGACAUGGCGCCGAAGACCUACCUGGGCAUGUUUGUUGGCGCGCUCUGCGCACUGGCUGGUGUGCUGACCAUAGCGUUGCCUGUUCCCGUGAUCGUCUCCAACUUCUCAAUGUUCUACUCACACACACAGGCGAGGUCAAAGUUACCAAAGAAAAGGCGACGAGUGCUGCCUGUGGAGCAACCACGCAGGAAACGUGAUGCUAGCGCCUCCAACCGGCGGGUGAACGCGGUCAAGCAUCCAGUGGUUCUCAAAGAUUUGUCACCGGCCACCAACAAAUUUGGUGUAAACGGGAUGAACAUGAUAGGUAUUGCACUCCAAGGUCCACCAAAUCUUCUCAGACCUCCAACAGCAGCUCAACCACUACAAGCACGAGCUCCUAUAGUUGAAAGCCCCAUCAUCAACACGCAGUGCGGUGCUAUAUCACUAGCAUCUCUCCAACCACCGCUGAUGACCGCUCCGCCCCUACAACCGAGACCUGCAACCACCGGAUCCCUUGACCUGAUGCUACCCUUACAGCCCAAACUCUUGCCCGGCUACAACCUGCAAUCUUCAUUUCUCUCCAGCACCUUGUCGACAGUAAGGCCACCGGAUUUGCCAGAUAAGAAUACGAAGAAGGACGUAGAAACAUUUAAACCGAGCGUAGAUGUUAUUAUAGAAAAGAGAGAAUCCACGUCAGAAAACUCUACCAAGGACAGCAACGAAGAAAUUUCCGAAGAUAAUAAUUGUGAAAACGUAGAUAGGCAAUCAAUAAUUGAAUGUGUAAAUAAUUUACAAGAAAAUUCCAAUUGUAAUGUAGAUGAACAAGAUGUUAAAAAUGAAAACGUCGUAUCUAAAGGUGAAAUAAAUUCAAAUAUAAAUGUAAUGGAUUCGAAAAUUGACGAUAGUUUAACAAGUAGUUCAAACAUUAGCAGUCCAAACAAUAAUUCAAAU